AUUGACACUGUUGUUAACACGUGUUAAUAACCUAGGUACCGGUACCUUGGUCAAGACUACAAGAGAAGAAACAUCAAUACAAUUAAGAUUAAAAGAUGCCUGCCUACACAUAUAAAGAAGUUGAGCAUGAGGAGAAGCCGAAAGACCCGGAGGUGUUCGGACAAAGUGCGGAUUCCAUAACGAGUCAACCUCCCCCGUAUGAAGACAUAGCAGUCAACUUCCAACCCGAAGCCAAGUCAUCUCGGCCUAGACAACGAAUUAACAGUGGAGAUUUGGCCUGCGCUAUAGACUAUGGUCAUGAAGAAGAUAAAACACCCUCAGAAGAUUUCAACCUGUUUUCAAGCUGCAUCCGAACUCACAGUACCUUGACUGAUUUCUACAGAUCCAGGAAAGCCAAAAUAUGUCGGGGAUUCUAUGCUUUUCUUGCCAUGGCGUAUGUGGCUUAUUUUGUUGCGUCGAUGGUCCUUUGCCAGACCCAAGGUUUUCGUGACCCCACCCCCCUGAUAGUCUUGACCUGUGUUGUCGUUGUCGUCAUCACUCUCGGGUUCAUUGAGGGUCACUUUGGAGAAAGGAUACAGACAACAGUUAUUCAGCCGAUGGAAAAUUUCUUCAAUGGCAAAAAGGGGAUGGUCAACAUUGUCAAAGGGUUGUUCUUGCUGUGUGUAUUGGUGGCCAUUGUGGUGAUCAUCGGAACAUCUGUCUGGGUACGACCACACAAUGCCACCUCAAUGCUUGGAAUCAUUGUCCUCCUGUUGAUGAUGCUGCUCUUCUCAGCUCAUCCUACCAAGGUAAACUGGAGACCUGUAGCAGGUGGAUUGUUGCUCCAGUUUUUUUUCGCCUCUCUCAUCCUCAAGCUGAGUGUGGGAUACACUGCAUUCAAGUUUCUUGGAGACAAAAUCCAGAUAUUUCUCAGCUUCACCAACACUGGCACAGAGUUUGUGUUUGGGGAAAAGUACACCGAUCAUUUCUUUGCUAUGAAGGUUUUGCCAGUCAUCGUGUUCUUCAGCUGUGCCAUCUCCGUCUUGUACUACUCGGGAGUAAUGCAGGUCGUGAUAGGCAAAAUUGCUUGGCUCAUGAGGGUAACCCUAGGAACCACUGCAGCGGAGUCUGUGUGUGCAGCGGGAAAUAUCUUUGUUGGUCUGACUGAGGCCCCCAUCCUGAUCCGGCCGUAUCUGGGGGUGAUGACAAAGUCGGAGUUACAUGCGGUGAUAACGUGUGGGUUUGCCACCAUUGCUGGAGGAGUGCUGGCAGCCUACAUAGAGUUUGGGGUGCCUGCUGAACAUUUGUUGUGUGCAUCGGUGAUGAAUGCGCCCGGUGCUCUGGCUGUGUCCAAACUCCUGUAUCCAGAGACAGAGGAAAGCAAGCUGAAGGUAUUACCUUCUGGUCGACAAGAAUUGACACCUGAACAAAUUGAAGAGGGUCUCGACCCAGAAGACGUCUUCAUAAAACCUGAACAACCCAAGGAGAAGAAUGUGAUUGAAGCUGCAGCAGGGGGAGCAUCUGCCUCCAUCAAACUCGUGGCUAACAUCGCUGCCAACCUUAUUGCCUUCCUGGCCAUGCUGACGUGUGUUAAUGCCAUCCUUGCCUGGUUUGGUAGCUUUGUCGGUAUCACCAACUUUUCCUUCCAGAUGAUCUGUUCGUACUUGCUGAUGCCGGUGGCAUAUCUGAUGGGAGUGGAUUGGAAUGAUGCUGGUGUAGUGGGGGAGCUGAUCGGGGUCAAAACCUUCCUGAACGAGUUCAUUGCCUACAGUGAACUAGCCACCUACAUCAAAAACAGGGAGCUCUGCCUUGUAGGCACAUCCAUGUCUGUGAGGUCAGAGGUGAUUGCCACCUACGCCUUGUGUGGUUUCUCUAAUCUUGGCUCCAUAGGGAUCAUGUUGGGAGCCCUGGGCCCCAUGGCCCCUAAACGUAAGGGUGACAUAGCUACUGUAGUGAUGCGAGCACUCCUAGGGGGCAUCGUCGUCUGUCUCCUCACUGCCUCCAUUGCAGGAUUGUUAGUGACAGAGUUUCCUGCCCCUCCUUCCUGUCUGAUGCAGAACAUUACGUCUUCCAUCUUGCCAGGAAAUACCACCGCUGAGACGGUGCUAAAUGUCACGCUGUCUGGACUAACAGACUUGCCAACAGUCUACAAUACAUCACUACCGGCAUUAUAACAAAGGUCUUCUUUAGGCCCUUAAUGAGUGUAGUUUGCUUUUAUAGAACGCAGUAGGAUCAUUUAGAUUUUUCAUAAUAUUUCCAUUUAGUGUGAAUUUGUUGGUUUUUUUUAUUUUUUUUCUUUUUCCACUUUUUUUGUCUUUUUAUUUUAUGAAUUGACAAUUUAGUCAGAUGAAAUCCAAAACUGGGUCCAAUCAUAUCAAUCUUGCCUUAGUUAGAAACAUGAAAUUGAAUAUGAAUACUCGAGGAUUCAGUAUUGUCAGCAUUGGUCAAAGCAAAAACAACAUGACUUCAGUUUCAAAAUUAUUUGUCCUGAAAUACAAAACAAAUGUCCGUCUUCAUGUGACCUUAUAGCUGUUGUGAGGACGUUAAACUCUGUACAAACAAAAUCCAUCAACUGUUCAAGCUUCAAACCUUGAUUAACCCAGUUUAGGAUGUUAUACAUAUAAAACUUUUUUUUUAUGAAUGUUUAUAUCAAAUUGGUAUUGCAGUAAACCAUUGUCCACUGGCAGAUAAUUGUCUUAUUGACAUUCAACUACAUACAAUCUACUUGCAUAAUAUAUCAAUUAAAUUUUAUCUGAAGGUUAAAAAUAAUU